CACACACACACACACACAAAGGUACCAAAGGGAAAAAAAAGGCACUCAACACCUAUUGCCCAAGCCACAGCAAAACCCAGUUUAAGAAUGUCAGUUCAUUCAAAACGCAGCUGUCACUUCCAAUCAAGUGUCACCUCUGGAAGAUGAAGAAUAGCACGUCAGAGUUCUUUUCUGAAAGCUCUUGGAAUUCUGAGCGUCCAGCCGGGAAGAAGAGGUACAGGAAGAGCCCAUGUAAGACCUGGUCCAAUGUAGAGAGAGACACUGUCCCAGGAGCCCAUGGAGCUCACGGAAACAGAACAGUUGAAUAGAUUUGCUGGAUUUGGUAUUGGACUUGCAAGUCUCUUUACAGAAAAUGUACUGGCCCAUCCUUGCAUUGUUUUACGCCGCCAAUGUCAGGUUAAUUACCAUGCUCGGAAUUAUCAUCUCACUCCAUUUACAGUCAUCAAUAUUAUGUACAGUUUCAACAAAACUCAGGGACCCAGAGCCCUAUGGAAAGGAAUGGGAAGUACCUUCAUUGUCCAAGGAGUCACACUUGGAGCAGAAGGCAUAAUUAGCGAAUUCACACCUCUGCCAAGGGAGAUUUCACACAAAUGGAAUCCUAAAAAAAUAGGUGAACAUCUUCUGCUGAAAGCCCUAACUUACAUUGUGGCGAUGCCUUUUUAUUCGGCAAGUCUAAUUGAAACAGUACAGAGUGAGAUCAUUCGCGACAACGCUGGCAUUCUGGAAUGUGUUAGAGAAGGGAUCGGAAGGGUGAUUGGCCUGGGCGUGCCUCACAGCAAGCGACUCCUUCCCCUGCUCUCCUUGAUGUUUCCCACGGUGCUGCACGGGGUUCUGCACUACGUCAUCAGUUCCAUCAUCCAGAAGUUCGUCCUGCUAAUUCUAAAGAGAAAGACCUACAAUAGCCACCUAGCCGAGAGCAGCAGCCCUGUGCAGAGUAUGCUGGAUGCUUACUUUCCAGAACUGAUUGCGAACUUUGCUGCCAGUCUUUGCUCUGAUGUUCUCCUCUUCCCACUGGAGACAGUUUUGCACCGCCUCCACAUUCAAGGGACACGCACAAUCAUCGACAACACAGACCUGGGCUACGAAGUGCUGCCAAUUAACACGCAGUAUGAGGGAAUGAGAGACUGUAUCAACAGCAUAAAGCAGGAGGAAGGAGCCCUUGGGUUCUAUAAAGGGUUUGGUGCUGUUAUAAUACAGUACACAUUGCAUGCAGCUGUCUUACAGAUCACCAAAAUUAUUUACUCUACCCUUCUUCAAAACAGCAUUUGAAAUUUAGGUUCUAUCACUAAUUAGUCCAGAAAAUGUAAUCCGGGUACUUUGCUAUGAAAUUAUAAAGGAUAAAAAUGAAAUACUGGGAGGAAAUGGACAAGAAAGCGAAACUGGUAGAAAAAGUUGUGCUGAUUGUAUUGACUUCUUUUUUAAGAAAAAGUUGGGGUUUUUUUUCAAAUUUAAAAGCUCACUAGAACUAACACAUGUAAGAAUAAAAUUUUAGCUAGCGUCACAGUCAUGCUGAAGAAAACAUGGUAGAAAGCUGUGUCAUCGGUAUGAAGUGAAAGUUCCGUGGAGUCGAGUGUGUGCCGUCUGAUCUCGGUGUUGGUUACAGUUGCUUCCUCUUCAGCUCAGUACUGGCACAUUACCCUUAAAGCCCUAGAGUACCACUGCGUCGGUGACUUUUACUUUGAAGCAAAUAGAUUAUGUCACCACUGAAAAAGGCUAAAGGUUAGACUUGGCCCUGUGUGAGCAGGCACUGAGGGGUUUCUGCUGCAUUGUCUCUAACUUAGUGGUUGUGUAUGUGUACAUGCUGUAGAAAGCCGUGUCUGUACACACAUAUAACUGGGAAUUUGCUUUAUCCUACCAAUUCUCUUCUUAUAGAUCAGCCUGCUGCAUAUAAUGAAAUCAUAUACUUUCUGCUUAAACACCAGAAUAAAACAUCAAAAAGCCAACGUACCCAAAGAUCCAGCCAGUUGGAGGGACUUGUCCACAUCCAGGCCCAGGACUUCAGUGCCAGCCGCUUAAAAUUUAUUAUACAUCUGUACAGUUCAGCUUGCCCAGUUAUGUGAGUUGUCAGUCUGGUUUUAGGGCCACACUUAGGAAAGAAUAUAAGACAAUCAUGCAGCCAUUGCUGUUGCUACGUUUAUAAAUUGUGCAUUUACGCCUCAUUUGCCUUUCACUUUCGGAAUGGUGUCCCUUAGCGUUCAGCUGGGGAUCAUGUCUUUUGCCUACAUACAGUCAUCUUUAAGUAACAUCUUCAUUUUUUUUUCUAUUAUUGCUUAUCUAGAAAUACUUGAAGAGAAAAGCGAAUUAUCAUUUUUUUUUUUUUACUGAAAUACAUUUUCGUGAAUACUGAAGCAAAAAUAGUUUAUGUAUUUUAUAUACUUGGGGUAGAGUGUGGGGGAAUAUCUUAACAAACAAAAGCAAUGGUUAAUCAGCAGUGAAAAAAGAAAAUUAUCCCCAUUUAAGAUACGCUCUGUACAGUAAAGUGGUUUGCGUUUGACUUGCCCAUCAUUAAACAUUUUAAAGUUUCAUUCUUCUUGAGCACAGUGACAGUUACAUCAUGAACCACUUAGCACUCUGAACUGCAGUGACGUGGCAUGGAUGGUUUCCAGCACAGAAUGCAGACAAACUGAAAUGUGUAUUACUUGUUGCAUACCACUGAGAUGGUUAGUUUGUGAUUGAUAGUGUUGGAACAAAGAAAUGACAGGAAAAGCAUUGUAGAAAAUCAAAAAUAGCAACUGUGUUUACUAUGAUGUGUGUGUUUACUGUAUUUUCCAUUUUUAAAUUUAGAUUCUAAGAGGGAAAAUAAACACACGGAGAUUGAUCACGUUACAUAUUCAAGGGUAAUGCUCAGUUUAUGGUUUAUUUUUUCCAGCCUGGGAGGUUUUAAUUGUUUUUAAUAUUUUUGAACUGCCAGAUAAUUCUUAGAUGGUGAUAGUAUAUUCAUCAUCCUGCCCUCUCAGCCCCUUUUUAAAUAAUCCGAGUUUAUUUCUAAAAGAAAUCAACAAGACAAUUCUCAAUUUCAGAAAAUGUCUAGAACAGAAUCUGAAUGAAAUCAAGUAUUUACAAGUAAAAAAUAUGUGAUAUCCUUCAUUGAUAAAAAUUUAGAUGUUUCAAAGUUUGCUGAAAGCAUGAAUAUAAAGUUACAGAAAUUUGUUUAAUUAUAGAAUUGUAAGACAGACUGAACCACACACAAGUAAGGUUGGCCACUUUAGAGGGAA